UCAGGUCAUGCAAUAGUUGGCAUGAUGGAAAAGCUAAUUCUCAUGGAAGACACAGCCUUGGAACAUCUAUCUCUGGCUCCUUUUGUAGAAAUGGAUAUGAGCAAAACUGGGCAUGCUUCUGUCCAGGUGUCACUGGGAGAAAGAUCUUGGCCUCCUGCCGCUGGUUAUUCAUUUGUUUGUUGGUUCCAGUUUCGUAAUUUUUUAACAACCCAAGGAAAAGAAUCAGAAGCCUCCAAAGUUGGCGGUUCAUCAAAGACGUAUAUUUCAAGUGCACAGCAACACGAACAAAACAUCUUCCGGAUGUUUUCUGUUGGUGCUGUAAGCAAUGAAAGUCCAUUCUAUGCAGAACUUUACUUUCAGGAGGAUGGUGUUCUGACCCUUGCCACUAGCAAUUCACAUUAUUUGUCGUUUUCUGGAUUGGAAAUUGAGGAGGGCAGGUGGCAUCACCUUGCUGUUGUUCAUAGUAAACCAAAUGCUCUUGCUGGACUCUUCCAGGCUAGUGUUGCAUAUGUCUAUCUUGAUGGAAAACUAAGGCACACGGGUAAAUUGGGGUACUCUCCUUCGCCUGUUGGAAAAUCU